AUGCCCCUCCCGACAGACACCACCCUCUCCCUUCUGGCCUAUCCAAGGCCAGACUUUUCAAAGCCAAAGAAGGCGAUGCUCGUCCGCCUCUCCACAGAGACCCUCGGGGCUCUCGAGUCCUUACCCCCAGUCCAGUUCGAGUUUGGAGACAGCCCAGGCAUCUACAUCGGCGAUGCCUACUUCCCCAUGAACCACUUGGAAGAAAAGUCGGCCACCGAGCUCUACCUCCGCUCUUCCUCGGGCGCAAAGAAGACAACCACCACUCCCUUGAAACUCCACGCCAACGUGAUCGGCAAGUUUGCAGUCGAGCGAGAGCUCGCCGACAUUCGUGACAAGAUCAGAGAGAGCACACAGGUCGCGACCGACCAACGGAACAGGCCGACCACAAAGUUCAUUGACGCCCCACCAGACACCCUCCAGCCCCCGCCCAAGAAGAAGACUCCCUCAUCUACAACCCUAUUCCGCAACCCUCCCCGUCCUGCAGACAAGCCAAAGCCCGUUCCACCACCGCCGACAACGACACCUAACAAUAGACCCUCAUCAUCUACACCAACACAGCGCGAUGGUCUGGUGCCGUUGCGUAAGCGCCUGGUUCAUUGCCUGGCCGUUAGCGAGAAGCUUGAGGAUCAGCUGCUCAAGAUGCUGGGGGCAUCCGAUCGCAGUUCGGCCUUGCGUACAGAAAUCUUUGAGUUGUUAAACGAGUUGGCCGAUAUCAAGAAAGGGACAGGAAAUUCACACAGGGUCUACCAGCUCAAGCCUAUUGGAUGGAAGGAAGUUCGUCCGCACGAGUGGCCUCGGUUGAACGACCAGGAGCGACUCCAAAUGGCGCGCAGUGCCCGCAUCGCCAUGAACUCCCUCCGCAUCCCCGAAUCCGACCCCAUCUGGACCCACUUCAGGACCAGCCCUCCUGCAACCUCGUCUGCCAGCUCUUAUCCCGCCACUUCCUCGUCCACUUCUACGAGCAAGCUGGACGCGCCUGCCCCAAAGCGUGGCGUCUCGUCUCGCGAGGUCAAAGAGAAGAAGCAGAAGCCCAAAGCCGACCCCAAGGUGGAAAUCAUGAUGAAGGACGAGAGUGUACGAGCGACCAAUCGGGAUCCUCCUCCUCCUGCCAUCCGCAUAAAUGACAGCAGCCGCCCAGCACCAGAGCCCAUCCGAAGAAACCAGCCAUCCGCUGCGAAGCCUAUCAAAACCAACCCCAGGCCUUCCGCUGUUGACGGGCGUACGGCUUCAUCCUCGACAACAAAGGCUUCUCGUGAGGAGCGACCUGUGGCGCCACCGGUUGCAUCGAGCAAGUCCUCCGUCAGCCAACAGGAUGACAAGAAGCUGUCGACCCAAGCACGGAAAAUCCGGAGGGAAGAACUUGCUCAGUUCUCCGACUCUGACAGGGAGCGGAGCUCUGUUCAAGGCGAUAAGCGUCGACCUAAGAAGAAGGAAGUGGAAUAUGCAGAACCUAAAGCUCCGGCGCCAAAGCGAAAAACGAUUGAUUACGACGACGACGAAUAUGAUGAUCGCUCGAGUCGUCAGAAGAAGAGGAAGACCGACCCACACGUUCACGCUUCGUCAGCAUCGCGGGAGGAUAGGGUGAAGGAUGCGCCCAAGAAGCCAAUGGUAGACCCACGGCCGAGCGACAGAAACACUGAGCGAGAGCGGGAAGUAUCUUCGUCGUCGGCACCCAAGAAGAGGAGACCAUCGCCGCUCCCGCCUCCUGCAAUUCCUGCCAAACGAGUUUCGUCUUCGAACGGAAGAGCAUAUUCGGAGGUCUCAACUUCCUCCAAGUACACCAACACGUCGGCAUCGGGCACGAAGGCAAAGAGGAAGCGUGUAUCUCCCAUUUACACGUCUUCUGAAGACGAGAAAGACGACGAGGUUCCUCUGAGCAAGCGCGUUACAGCAAAAAGUGCUCCACCACCACCUCCAACCGUCUCAUCCACCUCGUCUUACAGUUAUCGGCCUCGACCACUGCCGACGGAUCAUGCCAGCCUGCGCGUACGAUACGACGACUCGUACAUUGAUUAUUUACAGAGCCUCCGCGAUUUGAACAAGCAGAAACUGAAGCUCAAGAAUCUCCUUAAGAAUAAUGACAUCGCACGAGCAGGAUCAAUCACGGACUCUGACGGAGACGUCGAGCUGUUGGGACCUGAGGAUCUAGAGAGGCUCACGACGAAGCACCGGAAGCUGCACGAGGAGCUGCAAACGAUUCAGCAAAUCUUCAGUGGGGCGGUCAAGUCGGAGCCUAGUUCGGAUUGA